GCCGCUCCGCCGGCUGCGAGGGGGCGGGCGGCGCCGGGUGCCCGAGGAGGAGCCCGAGCAGCCCGGGCGGCGGGGAGAGCCGGCGGGCGGGCGGGCUGGCGGGCGGCGGGGCUUCAUGGGCAGCUCACGCCAGCAUGGUCCUCGCCCUCAACGGCAGCCACCUCUACGGUAACCUCCGGCCCGCGGUCCUGGAGGACCCGCGGGCGCUGAGCGGCGGCAGGAUGAUCGCCGGCUCCUGGCCCCCGCGCAGCCUGGCGAAGCUGGGCCCGUCGCCCCCCCCGUCGGCGCUGCCCACGGCGAGCCCCCUCCCCGCCAACGACUCCCAGUGCGGGGAGCAGAUCCUCAGCUACGGCAACGUGGAGAAAGUUGUCAUCGGGGCCGUCCUCUCCCUCAUCACCCUGCUGACCGUCGCCGGCAACUGCCUGGUGGUCAUCUCCGUCUGCUUCGUGAAGAAGCUGCGGCAGCCCUCCAACUAUCUCAUCGUCUCGCUGGCCCUGGCCGACCUCUCGGUGGCCCUGGCCGUCAUGCCCUUCGUCAGCGUGACCGACCUCAUCGGCGGCGAGUGGAUCUUCGGGCGCCUCUUCUGCAACGUCUUCAUCGCCAUGGACGUCAUGUGCUGCACGGCCUCCAUCAUGACUCUCUGCGUGAUAAGUAUCGACAGGUACCUGGGAAUAACAAGACCUCUUACGUACCCUGUAAGGCAGAACGGGAAGUGUAUGGCCAAAAUGAUCCUGUGUGUAUGGCUCUUAUCUGCCUCUAUCACUAUACCCCCGCUCUUCGGUUGGGCCCAAAAUGUAAAUGAUGAAAAAGUUUGUUUGAUCAGUCAGGACUUUGGCUACACUAUUUACUCCACAGCAGUUGCAUUUUAUAUUCCAAUGUCAGUGAUGCUUUUCAUGUACUAUCAGAUUUACAAAGCUGCCAGGAGGAGUGCUGCUAAACACAAGUUUGCUGGUUUUCCCCGGCUGGAAGAAAUGGAAGGGAUUUCUAUGAACGGAAUUGUAAAACUGCACAAGGAAUCUGAAGAAUGUACUAAUUUUUCACGGCUCCUAAAGCAUGACAAGAAAAACAUUUCCAUCUUUAAAAGAGAACAGAAAGCUGCCACUACACUUGGGAUUAUUGUUGGGGCUUUCACUGUCUGCUGGCUGCCCUUCUUCCUCCUCUCAACUGCCAGGCCCUUCAUCUGUGGUACAGCAUGCAGCUGUAUCCCACUGUGGGUUGAGAGAACAUUUCUAUGGUUGGGUUAUGCAAACUCUCUCAUUAACCCUUUUAUAUAUGCCUUCUUCAAUCGGGACCUGAGGACAACUUAUCGCAACCUCCUGCAAUGCAGAUAUAGGAACAUCAACCGGAAGCUAUCAGCUGCAGGGAUGCAUGAGGCUCUGAAGCUUGCAGAAAAGCCGGAAUUUGUUCUGUAAGGUCACUCAUCCUAUACUAUGAUAAUUUAUUGUUUUAUCACAUUAGUUUUUUCCCCACAGAUUGGAAAGAAGAGUUAUGGGAAGAACCAGUCUUCUUGAACACUGUUAACACAGUCAUCAAGAAACUGGGAGGUAGCAAGGCUAAUUCUUGUACAGCCCACCAGUCCUAGCAAGCCUGGAGAAACAAGACUACCAUCUAAAGAAUUUGGGUGUAAGAAGAAUACUGAAAAGGGGGAGGAUAAAAGGUGGUGCGGGAUGUUUGAGUUGCUAGUGAGGAAAGAGCAAAGUUGGCCUAAACCAUUUGUUUGGCCCUUGGCCCCAAACAACUUUCAGUAGGUCUGAAUGUUGGAUGCAUCUUGUAUCCUAGAGAUUUUUUUCUGUAAUAAAGACCUGAGAAUGGUGAAAAGUUUGGUAUAAUUCAUUGCUUUCCACUUUGUUAUUAUGAAAAUAAACCAUUUAAGAAGAAACUGGAUGAAAGAAGUUAUAUUGCUUAGAAACACUCUUUAUUAUAAAAAACAUAGGUCCAUUAAAUGUUAAUUUACUGGAUUGCCUGGAAAUAAACUACUUUGUGAAAUUUAAUGUUGCCUUUGCACAACAACUAGGGCACUGAAAGAAUACGUUACACUUCCAAUGUGAAUAUAAGAGUUUGAGUAAAGUCACAUGGACGAACAUCUACUGCUGCAUACAGUCAUGCAGCACAGUUAGCUGCAGUGCUGCUAUACCGAUUACACCAGGUAAAGAUCUUGUCCUAUAUUUCUAACAUAACAAAUAUGUCUGAUUACAGUUUAUUUCAGGAGCUGUGUGGUCUUUGUCCAACUUUUCUUUCUUUAAUUCUCUUGGCUUUGUCAGUUGAGCCCUUCCCUAAUCUAAAUGGAGACCCUGCCUGUGCUCAAGUCGUUUCUGUUGACGUAUGGCUAGUCUUGUUCCACUUCAGUAGUUAAUUUAUUGUCUAAUUGAAAGCUCUUCUAGCUUCUUAGGAUUUCUUUCCUUUCUGAAGUCAGUAAGGAAAAAAUAAAUGUAAGACAUUAUGACGUUCA